GUGCACCAGCAGAGCCGGGAUGAGUCACGGGCACUGGCGCUCAGCUUCCCAAUAGGUGAGGGACUGGCUCUUCUCUUGGGGAAGACGCGGCACUCGUCCUUACCGGCGUGGCCUUGGCUGGGAGCUGGAGCCCUCGGUCUGCCCGGUCUGGUCUCCGGGGCCAGGGCUGGGUUCCCUCAUGUAUGGCAAGAGCCCUUCGUGUGCUGGGCUGCUUCUCCUUGGCAUACAGCUCACAGCCCUUGAGCCGAUAGCUGCAGUGGAAAUUUACACCUCCCAAGUGCUAGAGGCUGUCAAUGGGACAGAUGUUCGGCUAAAAUGCACUUUCUCCAGCUUUGCCCCUGUGGGUGAUGCUCUGACAGUGACCUGGAACUUCCGGCCUCGAGAUGGGGGGCCUGAGCAGUUUGUAUUCUACUACCAUGUGGAUCCCUUCAAACCCAUGAGUGGGCGUUUCAAGGAUCGGGUGGUCUGGGACGGGAACCCUGAGCGGUACGAUGUCUCCAUCAUCCUGUGGAAGCUGCAGUUUAGUGACAAUGGGACAUACACCUGCCAGGUGAAGAACCCACCUGACGUUGAUGGGCUGAUAGGGGAGAUUCGGCUCAGCGUCGUGCACACUGUCCGCUUCUCUGAGAUCUACUUCCUGGCCCUGGCCAUUGGCUCUGCUUGUGCACUGAUGGUCAUCAUAGUAAUUGUGGUGGUCCUUGUCCAGCAUUUCCGGAAGAAGCGCUGGGCUGAGAGAGCUCAUAAAGUGGUGGAGAUAAAACCAAAAGAAGAGGAAAGGCUCAACCAAGAAAAAAAGGUCUCCAUUUAUUUAGAAGACACAGACUAACAUUCUUAGAUGAAAGCUGAAGAUUCCCAAGAACAAGAAAUUUAGGAUAAGCUGAAGUUGAUGGGAGCUUUUCUUUGGCUUUUCCAGUUGUGACCUGUCUUCCAAGCAGCUCUGCAGUACAUAACCAUCUAGAUGAGCAACAUCUCUCUGGAGCUGGCAAAGGCCCUCUUGAGCAGAUACCAACAAACUCACACACAGUCUAUUACUAAGGUUUUAUUUAAUUUCAAAGUGCAAAUAUUUUUCAAAUGCCCAUUAUUAGCCUUUUAUACUAAGAAGCUACAUUUUUGCCCUUAAACACUCCUUGUGGAUUCUUAAUUGUACACACAUACAUUGGUAUCAAAUGAGAUGAGAGCCAAUUUGUCUGUCAUGAUGUUUCCUUUAACAUAUUAGUUUCUUUAGAGUAGCACUUUUGCUACUUAAGUUAAUGUGUUUACUCUUUCCUUCUCACUCUUAAUUAAAAGUGAGCUAAUUCUCCCAGCUGUUUUUGAUUGAUUAACAGUAAAUCUUAAGUUCAAACUGUUAAAAGAACAGUUUGAUUUUUUCCUGGCUGUCCUUAAGUAUGGGACACAUCUUGUUUUAUUGAAUUUGUUUCAGUAUCCUAAAUAAUGUUUUUUGUUUUGUUGAUCCAAGUUUUAUAAUAGCACAAAUCUAAAUCACAGAGUAGCUAGAAAAGUUUAUAAAUGCUUAUAGAUUGACAAAUGCCACCCCAGGAUGAAUCACUUGUCACCCUUUUUUUUCUAUGUUGUGAAAAACAACCAAAAGUGCAGGUUUUUCAUGAGCGGUGAAUACUGUUUAGCUUACUAUUCAGUUAUCUAUAACAACAGAACAAAAUCUAAGUUCACUUGCAGACUGGAAUCAUUAAGCAGUUACAUGGAAGGAUUCUGAAAUAGUACAUUACAACUGUAAAAAUUUAGGGCUGGUGAAAAAAAUCAACCCUAUAUGAUGAUAAUUUUGUACAGUGUUAUAUAAAGCUCUGAGAACUGGAUGAUGAUAUUUAUUUUUUUUUCCUUUUCUUUAUCUUAUUUUUGCUUUAAUUUACUUGCUUACUUUGUGGGAGGGAGGAUUUGGUAUGGGGCAAAGAAAUACCAAAACUAAUAAUAUGAAACCAACUUUAUUCGUUUUUUCCCUUAUACUAGUAGAGAAAGCAAACUUUAUAAGUGGGCUAUGGAAAGAAGAGUGCUUUUUAAAGUGUUUAAUCUCCCAUUGUCUUUCCAAACUUAAGCUAUAGCAGCAUUUGUUCAAAAUGUACAAAACAUCUGAAAGUUUAGUUGCUCCCUCUCCCCCAUCUUUAUAGUCUAAUAUUUUCAGUUUUUACUGACUGGGCCAAAGAUGUUCUUUCUUUUAACAAACUGGAAUUUUCAAAUAGUUACCUGUAGUUAAAGAUGCUGAACUUUGAUAUUUUUUUCGGGUAUUUUAAAAUAGUUGGUACAAUUUACAUAUGAACCUUGAUUCUGAUUCAUUCCAUACCUGUCUCAUUUUGUCUUUUACACUAAAAAAGUAGUCUUAAUACUUAGUUUUGAAACUAAAAGUUAGAUUUAGGGUCUAUAUUACCUUUAACUCACAUUUUCUAUUUUUCUCCAUAAUUCAGCCUUUGAAAAUAACAUAAUAUUUUUUCAAACAGAUGGCCUGCAUGAUGUUCCAUAAGUGUAAUGAACAAGUGGUUAAAAACUCAUGGAAAGUCUUUUCCAGUAAAACUUGUAGCUUGUGUCUUGGCUAAAUAUUCAGGGGUUAAUAUGACCCUGUUGUUCAGUGUCUUCUUCCUAAAGAUAACUUUUGUAUUGUAAUUUAUUUUUUAUUGUGCCUUAAACACAUUUGUAAAUAACCUUUAGUAAUAAAGAAUUAUCAAUUA